GGAGCAGCGGGGGCCGGGGGUGGGCUCGGCGUCUCGUGUGUGGGCGGGCGCGGAAGCCUCGUCCCUCUGGGUUUGCAGCGGGGGAGAAGUGAGCGUGGGUGUUCGUGGCGGAGCGAGUCCCGCCGCAGCGUCGCCGCCGGCGCGUGUGGGAGCCCGUCCGAUGGUCCCUCCGCGGGCGAGUGGGACGGUCGGACGCCGGCAGCAUGAACCUCCUGCCCAAAAGCGCCAAGGACUUCGGCUCCGUUGACUACUGGGAGAAGUUCUUCCAGCAGCGAGGGAAGAAGGCUUUCGAGUGGUAUGGAAGCUACCUGGAGCUGUGCGGGGUGCUGCACAAGUACAUCAAGCCCCGGGAGAAGGUACUGGUGAUUGGGUGCGGUAACUCAGAGCUCAGUGAGCAGCUGUAUGAUGUGGGCUAUCAGGAUAUAGUGAACAUCGACAUCAGUGAGGUGGUCAUCAAGCAAAUGAAGGAGCGGAAUGCCAGCCGACGGCCCCAGAUGAGCUUCUUGAAGAUGGACAUGACACAGAUGGAGUUUCCUGAUGCUUCCUUCCAGGUGGUGUUGGAUAAGGGCACCCUGGACGCUGUCCUGACGGACGAGGAGGAGAAGACCCUGCAGCAAGUGGACAGGAUGCUGGCUGAGGUUGGCCGUGUCCUGCAGGUGGGCGGUCGCUACCUCUGCAUCUCCCUGGCUCAGGCUCACAUCCUGAAGAAAGCAGUGGGUCACUUCUCUCGGGAGGGGUGGAUGGUGAGGGUACACCAGGUGGCCAACAGCCAGGACCAGGUGCUGGAAGCAGAGCCUCGGUUCUCCCUACCUGUUUUUGCCUUCAUCAUGACCAAGUUCAGGCCAGUCCCUGGCUCUGCCCUUCAAAUCUUUGAGCUCUGUGCUCAGGAGCAGGGCAAGCCUGUGCGGCUGGAGAGUGCCGAGCGGCUGGCUGAGGCGGUGCGGGAGCGGCAGCAGUAUGCCUGGCUGUGCAGCCAGCUGUACCGCAAGGCCGGGCUGGGGAGUGUAUCUCUGGACUUGUGCGAUGGGGACACGGGGGAGCCACGCUACACCCUCCACGUGGUGGACAGCCCCACUGUGAAACCAUCGCGGGACAAUCAUUUUGCCAUUUUCAUCAUCCCCCAGGGUCGGGAGACCGAGUGGCUCUUUGGCAUGGAGGAGGGUCGGAAGCAGCUGGCGGCCACUGCAGGCUUCAGGAGGCUGAUCACAGUGGCCCUCCACCGAGGUCAGCAGUAUGAAGGCAUGGACAGCAUCCAGGCCGAGCUGUCAGCCAGAGUCAUGGAGUUGGCUCCUGCUGGGAUGCCCAGCCAGCAGCAGGUGCCCUUUCUGUCUGUGGGUGGGGACAUUGGGGUCCGGACUGUUCAGCACCAAAACUGCAGUCCCUUGAGUGGCAGCUACGUGGUCGAGGAUGUGCAGGGGGAUGACAAGCACUAUUUCCGGCGGCUGAUCUUCCUUAGCAACAGGAAUGUGGUGCAGUCAGAAGCAAGGUUGCUGAAGGAUGCGUCUCACAGAGCCCAGAAGAAACGGAAAAAGGACAGGAAAAAGCAGCGGCCUGCUAACACUCCCGAGGACCUCUCAGCUGCCCCAGGGCAGUCCAUUGACAAGAGUUACCUGUGCUGUGAACACCACAAAGCAAUGAUUGCCGGCCUUGCCCUGCUGAGAAACCCGGAGCUGCUCUUAGAGACCCCCCUGGCAAUGUUGGUGGUAGGCCUGGGUGGGGGCAGCCUCCCCCUGUUUGUCCACGAUCAUUUCCCGAAGUCCUGCAUUGAUGCUGUGGAGAUCGACCCCUCCAUGUUGGACGUGGCCACUCAGUGGUUUGGCUUCUCCCAGAGCGAGCGGAUGAAGGUCCAUAUUGCAGAUGGCCUGGACUAUAUUACCAGCCUGGCGGGACGAGAAGCACGGCCCCGCUACAAUGUCAUCAUGUUUGAUGUAGACAGUAAGGAUCCAACACUGGGCAUGAGUUGUCCACCACCAGCUUUUGUGGACCAGCCUUUCCUGCAGAAGGUCAAAAGCAUCUUGACUCCGGAAGGUGUUUUUAUCCUCAACCUCGUGUGCCGGGACUUGGGGCUGAAGGACUCAGUGCUGACCGGGCUCAAAGCAGUCUUCCCUCUCCUGUAUGUCCGGCGAAUUGAGGGUGAAGUAAACGAGAUCCUGUUCUGUCAGCUGCACCCAGAGCAGAAACUUGCCACAUCAGAGCUCUUGGAGAUGGCCCAGGCCUUGGAGCAGACCCUGAGGAAGCCUGCGAGGGGUUGGGAUGACACUUACAUACUGUCAGAUAUGCUCAAGACCGUGAAGAUUGUGUGACUGCUUGGCUGGGAAGUCUGUUCCGCUUCCUGCCCACACUGACCUUGGGCUCCUAGCCUUCCAGAGAUUGAAGAAUUAUAAUGCACAGUAUUUUUUAAGCCUCAUAUUUUUCUUGGUUUCAUACUCAGUUGCAUGCGACCUCCAGCUUAGUGAGGUUGCCUGAAGAUCCGGGGAAAUAAAAAAUGUCCUUCCCAUCCUGUCCUCUUUAGUACCACUUGGAUUGAUCCCCUCUGCUUCCUGUGCUGUGUCCUUGAGUAGGAUUCCCUGCUGGAGCCCCCAACAGAUGCUGAUGCCUUAAUGACUAUACACCAAGCUCCUUAGGAUGGAAGACAAUCAAAUUUGAUUGCUGGUUUGCUUUCACUUUAUCUUUCUACUGGUUCUGUGGGAAUGAUCUCAAGUGAGAUAGCAUAGUAUUCUGUGCCAGAAGACUAUAAAGAGAGUAGGAUUUCCAUAGAUGUGAGACAGAUUUGUGAGAACAUCUAAUCUACUCUGUCUCCCCCCAGAUGGAACUGCUGCUGACAUGAUCCCAAGUUUUAAGAAUCUAUUAACCCACUUUAACAACUUUCCUCAACUACCCCAACCUUGUAGCCUAAGCUCUUUGUUCUGUUCUUGUGGAAGGGAUGGAUGUAAGUGGCCCCAUUACUGCAUGUCAGAGACAGUCGACUAAAAUCUCCAGUAUCAGUUCACUCUCCUUCAUUGAGUGACAGCUAUAUGUGGGACCCAGUGUAAAGACUGCGGUGGAAGUAAAGAUGGUUAAGAAUGGCUAGAAAACAUGGAUUAGUAAUAAAAACGAACAUGUUCCAGUAACUUACUAAGUGACUCACAUACACUAUCUCAUUUAAUGAAAUAAACGAAAGUUAAAUUAAAACCACAUCUAACCCCAAGUCUCACUUGAGCCUCUCACAGCAGUCCUAUCUGUUUAUUGAAACUAAAACCAGCAGUUCAGAGAUUGGCUUGAAUUUCAUCUCCUCUAAUUAUGCCAAGGCUGACUUAAUGAGCAUCACCAUGGAAAAUAAACGUCGUCACCAUCUACCACCCCAAGUUACUUCACAGGUUCUUUCAAAUGGACUCUAACCUCCUGAGGUAUAGCAUAUUUCAAAGUUAGAGUGUCAUCUUUACAAAAUUGUAUUAGCUCAUUGAGGAGAAAGGAUGUAAGGACAGAGGGUUUUUGGAUUUUAUCCAUUGCAAAUACUUGGUAUUUCUUAGGGGAUGAUCUUUCCCUGGAGCCAUCAUGUAAAGGGAAGACUAUGUCUUGCAAUGCCCCUGUACCUCAAAGGGCUCUAGUUUGGGAAUCCUCUAUUUUCUAAUCUGUAAGUUCACUCAGUGUUAGGACAGGUGAUAAAGGAAUGGGGUCUGAGUCAGAGGAUCUACUCUGCCAUUCUGUUCUCACUCUCAAGCUGUGCUGACUUUGGAAUAGCACAUUUGGGUGGCACAGCAAGCUCAGGAUUUACCAGAAUGAAGAUGAGGUCUCCACAAUAUCUUGGGAAAGUCAUCCAGGGAAUUAAGCAGACUUCUUGGAAAGCCUUUGGAAGUGGGAAGAGGCUGUCAUGGGUGAUGAUAGUUGUCUUCAAAAUUUUGGAAGUCUGUGGGUAUGAAAGAAGAGUGAUGUUGAGUAUGUGUUCCUCCAGAGACUGAAGAAGGAUCAGUGGGCAAAAAUUAUAGUUGGGCAGCUUUCAGCUUCAUUUCCUACAGAGAGAUUUGUACCAAUGGAGACCACUUUGGUCAUGUACACGUGGUGACUCAAGGCUGUUUACUCAGACACUGGUCUUAAGCCCCCUUGGUGUGCUCCUGAAAUUGUGAGGAGAGGGUAUUCAUUAUUUGUGUGUAUUGCUAAAUGAUCACUGCAGUAAGCCUAGUUAACAUCUAAGAGCUGUUCACUUUUGCAUUGAUGACACGCAAAUUGGUCUUAAUGAGAAUUUUGCCUAACUUGAGGCAUUGGAAAUCUGGAGGAGGGGGAGGCCUGUGAACUCAAAUACCUUCCAGACUAGACCAGUAACGUAAAUAUAUGAAGUGAGCAGGCUAGGAUGAAGCCUGCAGCAAACCAGAGAAUAAGUGCUCUAUCAAAAGGCAGCCACUGUUCUCCCAACUGAGAGCUGUCCUGCAGGAAUGCUCUCCCAGCAAAGCUAGAUCUUUUAAGAAAAGCCAGACAACCUGAAUGUAUUUGUGUGUGUGACUAUUAAAUAAUGGCCAGUUAGAAAAUAUCUUCAAGCCAUAUUCAACCUAUGGGCAGGUAAUUUGCAUCUUCCACCAUGGGGGAAAGCCUACAGAGCAUGUGAGAAUCUGGCAUACACCCAGGCUCUGAGUGAACGUAAAACAAGGAGCAAGCUGAUAGCUACCAGUCCCAAAAGUCUUAAAGUCCCAUCCUGUUAAGUGACCUCCAUUUUCUGCAGUGGCUACUCUUGAGAUGGUCCCAGCAUCCUUGGCAUAAUGUACAGUUUCACUUCCCAGGACUCUCAGAGGCUGAGUGAUAAUAAAUCACCUGAUAACCCCUUCCUCCUGCAAGACAAGUUCUGCGACAAUGUAAAAUUGAUUAGGCUGGCUGUUGCCCCUUCUCUACCAUCCCUCGACACACUGGUUUUUCAGUGUGUGCCUCCAGUCUUCCAUCAGGGCUCAGCUUGCUAAUAGCCAUUUCUUGAGUCCAUUCCUAUGUGGUAAACCAGUAGUCUCAGCUUCCUAUUGGGGUCAUCUGAUAAUGGUAAUAAUGGUCCCCAAAUAUGUCCAUGUCCUAAUCUUGGUAAUAUGUGAAUAUGUUACAUUACGCUGCAUAGGGGAACUAAUGUAGCAAAUGGAUCUGAUAUUGUAAGUCACCUGACUUUAAGAUAGGAGAUUUUUCUUGAUUAUCUGGGUGGGCCCAACACGAUCACAAAGGUCUUGAACUGUGGGAAGGGGGCAGAAAAGUCAAUGUCCGAGUGAUGCAGUAUGAGGAAGAUUUGACUGAUGGUUUCUGGCUUUGAAGAAGGAGAGAGCUUGUUAGCCUCUAGAAGCUAGAGCCUCUAGAAGAGGUCAGAGGACGGAUUCUCCCCCAAGAACCUCCAAUAAGGAAUGCAGGUCUGCCAACAUCUUGAUUUUAGCCCUGUGCGACCUCUUUCGGACUUCUGCACUAUAGAGAUAUAAGAUAAUAAAUGUGUUUUGUUUUAAGCCA